CCUUACCUAGCUUAAUAAACGAGGUUUACUUACUACAUACCCACCUCAGUGCAUACACACUUUAGGUACACUCAUCUAUGAAAUAGUGUAUGUGCAAUGAACUAAAGUGUCGUUCUCCAUUCAGCCUUUAAAGUUAUCUGGGUAUCCUUGCAUCACCCUGUUUAAUGCGUCUGGAGUAUCCUCUCCUUCCCAACUCUUCCCAACUUUCUCUCAUCUACCGCAUUAAUUCUACAGUACUAUUCUCUCAUUCUCUUACAAUUCUUUUCCGCAUACAUUUCCUCCCCUUCGAACAUUUGUCACUCUUUUCCUUUAUCCCCCGUCUUUCUUUUACUACUUUAGUUCAUGUUAUUGUUAUAUGGCGGGAAUAACAGCUCUCUUCUGCUUGAUCCUAAUGGAGGCCCGCGUCCUUGGAAGAUAAUUACGGAGAUAAGAGAAGUAAGGGACAAAUAUUUACGAGGUCCAUUUUUAUGGGCUUAGUUCCCUUUCAUACGAAUACCCGACUCGACCUUCACGAUGGGGUGGUGGAGUUUUCUAUCUAGAAAAUCUACCAGUAACUUGAACAAUGAUCUCAAGGCGCAAGCUUACGAUGAGACUGUGGCCGCCAAUCCUCCAAUCCGCGGCACCUAUCCGGUUGUUGGUAAUGGACCCAGCAUUUUGGAGAAAUUCCAGAAAUCGCAUCCACUUCUGAUAGAUGGACAUUUCAAUGAUAAUUCCGCACCGCCUCCUAUAGUUCCUCGACUACUCGACCGUCCCAGUACGGCCCCUACUCGGUCACCCGAAGGUUUGUCCAGGCCAAAAUCCCAAGUAGGAGCUCCGGUAAAGCCGUUACGAGAGCCGCCUAAAAAGCGACACGGACCCUACAAACUUCCAUCUAAGAUAUCAACCGAGAGAAAUGAAUCCAUUCACAGCGUACCAUCCCCAACUUUCACCCGCGGCCGUAAUUCUUCGAUUUUUAGCGGGGACUCGGGAUCAACACGUGGAUUCGUCGACUUACUAGAUGCUCAAUCGUUUAUCAAGCCAUUAGAUUUUUAUGGUCGCGUGAAGGCUACCGGCACGAAAGAUUACGAUGAAGACGUUGCGGAUCGCAAUAUUAGCGAGAAUGGAUCUAGCCCCAACUCACCACAAGCCAAGGAGUUCUAUAGAAAGUAUCUAACCCCAAGCAUUCGGAGCGACGACGAGGAGCUUGACCGACCGCGUUCGUCGAGGAAACGGCAAUCUAUGGGAUAUGGGUUACAGACCAAGGCAAACAAUUCUAACUUUCGGACUGCAUCACCUGCGAUGUUGGCUUUGCGCGCAUAUCAAGAUGACCCAACGAACGAAACAGCACCAACCGAAAAGGCUCUUCGUCCAAGAUCCUUGCAUUCGUAUAUGCCUUCUUCGUCGGAGCGACCGGGGAGUGCCUCUACGGGAAGAAGAGUCAAGGGGCAAGACUCUGACUACUUUCCUGAGUCCCUACGAGAGAUAGCUCGCACGGCGAUUUGGGAAGGCUUUGAAUAUAAUCGAUCUGUGGACUCAGGCCUGGGAGGCAAUCCACCACAAUCAAGCCUAUCUCAGGAAAUGUCUAUUCACAGGCAAGAUUCUGACAGCGAUCUUUCCUAUCAUGCGCGCAGCGAUUUUAACUGGACCCGACCUGCUCAAGUGGAUCAAUAUCGGUCUCUCAACAACUCUCCUCAGCGUAGAACCAUGUCACAUGUAUCUUCAACCAGCACUAAGCCACCAUUGAAGACAGGGAGCCUAAGGACCCUCCAUUUGCCCUAUCGUGGCGAACUAGUUACCGAGAGUAACUUACCAAGUGCAGAGGAGGGUCUAUAUAUAAAAAAGAAUCGCGGUUCCCCGAAGCGCCGCCGCGGACCUAUACCGGACUUCGACGGCUCACCGUACGAAUUGACAUCGUUGCAGCCUCCAGAGCCGAUGUACUCGAAGACAAUCUUUAAUCGCUCUAGUGGCCAAGACGAGUUAAACCGUCGCUAUGGAAAUGGAAGUAUCGUUUCCGGGUCGGUGAAGAGCCUCAAACGGUCUGAAACCGAAGACGCAAUUCCGGAACGAGGCAGCAGUCUUCGCCGUUGGUCACUGACUUCCGAGACGGGUGGCUCAACAUUGAGCUCGAAUCCGUUUAGGCCUCAAUCUGUCCAUACCACUAACACUUCGGUCGAUCUUGCCCCCCGCGUACCGCUACCUAAGGCUAUUGAGUCAGAUGAAGCAUCUUCAUCAUCUGGUAAAAACUGCGUAGGUGUCGACCCUGAAUUGUUGGCAGGAUCUCUUCUCAAUUCUAGUCGACGGGAGCCUCCGAUGAAUUUUGUUAUCGAUGAGGAUGCCUCGUCAGUUGAUUCUUUUGAUGCUCCUAAGCGUUCUGCAGGCGAAUUUGAGAAGGACCUUCUCUUCCAAGGCUACGGGAUGGGAGGCUCUCAGCUACCAGGACUUCCGGCCUCGUUUGACGCAACGGCGAAGCCCAAUAAGCCGGAACGAUCACAGCCACGACGAGCAUCUUAUACGCCCAAAGACCCACUUCACCUAGCUACCUUCAGCUCUACCAAUUUUGAGGAUGCACUUUCCUCUACUUUCCGUUCCCAAUACUCGACUUCGUCCCUGAAGCAUAAGUCUCGAUCUAGGUCAUCUCGCUUGCAGGUACCGAAGUUUGACUAUACCGAUUCUGAAGGCGAUGAUGGUUUAGAGCCUGAAAACGACUCUGAGGAAGAAUUGAAUUUUGACAUCCCUUUCAAGCGCCCGAGUGAGCACCGAUACCAUUCCUGUGGUAAUAUGCGGCAGUACGAAACUACCGCUCAACUAUUCGAGGAUGAUGACUUAGAUUUACCCGAUAUGACCGUGGUUGCGCGGCUUCGAAGGGAGGCUAUGUCAAAACAGCGUGCAAGCAGCGCCUCGCUGCGGAAGACUAAGGGAAAAGGGAAAGCACCCGAUUUCUGCAUUCCUAGGAUCGAGUUUGACGAUCAGUCUGGUUACGCGGAUACUAAGUUAUGAAACUACGAGCACCUAAACUAAAGGUUUAACUAGAAAGUAUGCGGCGAGAACAUACUUACAAUACCCCCUUUUUUAUCCAUCAUCACUACGGAGGUCUCGAGGUGGCUGCAUACUUUCUCCCUCAUUAUGCAUAUGAUUGUAAUGAUAGUUAUCAUGAUUUAGAACAGUUUGGCGCACGGCAAUGAGUUGGCGCUGAUGCCCGGCGAGGCUCGCGCCUAUUUUAUACCCCCGGCGCCCUAGGUAGGAUAGGUCCUACUAAUAGUCGGCCCCCAUAGGGAGUUAUGUUUACAUGGUUACCAUAGUUAGGAUAGGAUUCGAUUGCAAUACCUACGUCAGGAUAGGUUAGGAGAGGUUAGGUAGUCAUAGGGAACUCCCGUUUGGCUAAAGGCAAUACAUUAUUCCUUCUUGGUUUACUUGUGCAAGCUUACGUGGAAGUUUGCGCGCUGUGGAUGGGUAAACUGAGAUGUAUCUAUUACAUUGAUGAUAAUAGCAAACGAAAUAACUGA